UUUGAGAAGAUUUCGGUCGGGGUGAGGACGAUGCUCUGCUAGAUAUUUGACAAUUUUGUUAAUCGUGGUGAAGAUGUGUUUCAAUAAAGGGGCAUAAAAGCUUUAUGGUCGAUUUGAGCGCUAAUCUGCCUGGUGGCUUUAGUUAAACGAGAAUAUGACCGAUUGCAACAUCAGUGUUUCGGUCCGUGUCCGAGAGCUCAUCAAACGCGAGUUGAACGAUGACCUCAAGAAACAUUGGAAAACAAGCGAAGAUAAAUCGUUGUUCCAGCUCGAUCCUGGGACUGGUAAUGCACUUUGUCAACCAUAUGUCUUCGACAAAGUAUAUAAUGAAGCUGCAACAAAUGCAGACGUUUAUUCAGGCACUGUUGAAGAGCUGGUCAACUCUGCAAUGGCCGGCUUCAACACUACGAUAUUCGCCUACGGUCAAACAUCAUCUGGCAAAACGCACACCAUGCUGGGCAACGACUCGGAUCCGGGCACCAUCCCGCGCGUGGUGCACCAGAUGUUCGACUGUAUCGAGCAGACGCCCGACCGCGAGUACCUGAUCCGAGUCAGCUACAUGGAAAUCUACCGAGAGGUGGUGGAUGACCUGCUGUCUGAGGGACCGCGUACCUCCAAGGGACUCCGCAUUCACGAGGAUCCGCAGGGCCAGGUGUACGUAUCCGACCUUCGUGAGCAGUGUGUCAACACGCCUGAGAUGCUGCUCAGCCUGAUGCGCCGCGGCGAGAACUUUCGCCACUUUGGCGUCACCAACAUGAACGAUCGCAGCUCGCGCAGUCACACCAUCUUCCGCAUCAUCAUCGAGUCGCGCGUGCGUGAUGAGGACGGAGAUGAGGACGCCGUGGUGGUGUCCCACCUGAACCUGGUCGACCUGGCCGGCUCGGAGCGCGCGCGGCAGACCGGAGCCACCGGAGACAGGUUCCGCGAGGGUUGUGCCAUCAACUCGUCUCUGUUCGAGCUGGGGAACGUCAUCAGCAAACUCAGCGAGGGCGCCCCCUUCAUCAACUACCGCAACAGCAAGCUGACGCGCAUCCUGCAGACGUCGCUCGGAGGCAAUGCCAAGACGGCCAUCAUCUGCACUGUGACUCCGGCCGCCAUCGAGGAGACCCACUCCACGCUGCGUUUCGCCAGCCGAGCCAAGACAAUCAAGAACAAACCGCAUAUUAACGAGGUGAUGUCCGACUCGGCUCACCUGAAGCGACUCAAGCGCGAGAUCCACGGACUGCGGGCUGAACUGCAGCAGGCCAAACAGACCAACCGCGCCACGGAGGUGGAGGAGAUGCAAAUCGCCCUGGCGGAGGAGAGCAAGCGCAACACAGAGCUGCAGGAGCGGCUGCGACAGCUCACCGAGAAGUUGGUCGUCAGCUCGGCUCCCAGCGAGAAACCGCAGCUGCUGGCCGCGUCCCAGAGGAAGAAGCGGCGGAUGACGUGGUGCGGCUUACAGCGCAGCCGCCAGAGCCUGGCACCGUUCCAGCGGCCGCUGCUGCUGCCACCUGUGGCCGAGCGGUCGGACUCGCAGUUCGCCGAGCCGCCGCCAGACGAGGCGGCCGGCUCUGUGUUCGUCGCGGACGGGGCCGGGCCCGCGCCGCCGCCGGUCAGCCGCGUCACGUGUAGGAAGCGGCGCGCAACCAGUAUGGACGCGGCGCCGCAGCACUCGCCACCCAUCAGCGUGGACGCGGCGACGCAGACGGUGGAGCUGCCCCCGCCCCCUCCGCCGCCGCUGCCAAUCGACCAGGAGGGUCGUCACCGCAAGAGGCGUCGCGCCGGCCUCCACCUGGCUGGAUCCGAGAACCGGCUAGCGCCGCUGGACGACAUAGCAGAGGAGGGACAGACGGCUGCGGCAGACGAGGGCGGCGAGGUCGAGCUGCUGCGGAAGGAGGUGGAGCAGCUACGUCAGGAGCGUCAGGAGGCCGCCAGCGCUGUCAGUCGCCUGGAGCAGGAGCUGACAGCGUCGUCUGACACCGUUUGCCGUCUAGAACAGGAACUGACAGCCUCCAAGGAGGAAGUUCAGCGGCUGUCUUCUGCCACUGAACUGGCUGACACCGUCUGCCGUCUAGAGCAGGAGCUGACAGCCUCGUCUGAUAUGGUCUGCCGUCUAGAGCAGGAGCUGACAGCCUCCAAGGAGGAAGUCCAGCGGCUGUCUUCUGCCACUGAACUAACGGACACUGUCGCCCGUCUAGAGCAGGAGCUGACAGCCUCGUCUGAUAUGGUCUGCCGUCUAGAGCAGGAGCUGACAGCCUCCAAGGAGGAGGUUCAGCGGCUGUCUUCUGCCACUGAACUAACGGACACUGUCGCCCGUCUAGAGCAGGAGCUGACAGCCUCCAAGGAGGAAGUCCAGCGGCUGUCUUCUGCCACGGAACCUACCGAAACUGUCGCCCGUCUAGAGCAGGAACUGACAGCCUCCAAGGAGGAAGUCCAGCGGCUGUCUUCUGCCACUGAACUAACGGACACUGUCGCCCGUCUAGAGCAGGAGCUGACAGCCUCGUCUGACAUGGUCUGCCGUCUAGAGCAGGAGCUGACAGCCUCCAAGGAGGAAGUCCAGCGGCUGUCUUCUGCCACGGAACCUACCGAAACUGUCGCCCGUUUAGAGCAAGAGCUGACAGCUUCGUCUAACAUGGUCUGCCGUCUAGAGCAGGAGCUGACAGCCUCCAAGGUGGAAUUCCAGCGACUGUCUUCUGCCACGGAACUUGCCGAAACGAUCUCCCGUCUAGAGCAGGAACUGACAGCCUCCAAGGAGGAAGUCCAGCGGCUGUCUUCUGCCACUGAACUUGCAGACACUGUAACCCGUCUAGAGCAGGAGCUGACAGCCUCGUCUGACAUGGUCUGCCGUCUAGAGCAAGAGCUGACGGCCUCCAAGGAGGAAGUCCAGCGGCUGUCUUCUACUACGGAACUUGCCGAAACGGUCGCCCGUUUAGAGCAGGAGCUGACAGCCUCGUCUGACAUGGUCUGCCGUCUAGAGCAGGAACUGACAGCCUCCAAGGAGGAAGUCCAGCGGCUGUCUUCUGCCACUGAACUAACGGACACUGUCGCCCGUCUAGAGCAGGAGCUGACAGCCUCGUCUGACACGGUCGCCCGUCUAGAGCAGGAGCUGACAGCCUCCAAGGAGGAAAUCCAGCGGCUGUCUUCUGCCACUGAUCUUACGGACAUCGUAACCCGUCUAGAGCAGGAGCUGACAGCGUCGUCUGACACCGUCUACCGUCUAGAGCAGGAGCUGACAGCCUCCAAGGAGGAAGUACAGCGGCUGUCUGCUACGUCGGAUAGCUCAGAGCAUGACCGAUCUUUGGCUGAAACUGUUCGUCGUUUGGAGGAAGAGCUGGCUGCCUCUAGGGCGGAGAACGAACGUCUGGCGUCCGCACUCGAGGUGCAGGCGGAACAACAGACAACCGCCUCGGCCUGCGGCACGCAUGAGCCGCAGAGUGGGAUGCCGGCUGGCGAGGAGCAGUCCGCCCUCGCCCUGCGACUAGAGGAGCAGGACCGCACGCUGCAAGCGGCCGCUGCAGACAGAGACAGACUAGCCGACACAGUGCAGCGUCUGGAAACGGAGCUGGCCGCGGCCAGGGAGGAAGGCCGUCAGCUGGUCUCUGCGUCUGAGGCUGCCGAGCUGAAAAAUACCAUCGAGCGACUCCAGUCGGAGCUGGCCGCCGCCAAAGACCAGCCACGGCCUCUUGACUCGACGUCGUCAGACGAGAAGAUGGAGACCGAUGACAAUCUGGUGGCUAACCUACGCGAAAUCAUCGUCUGUCUGCAACGGCAGUUGGCUGACGCUAAGGAAGUAACUCAGCGCGAGGCUUCCACGAGUCCCGAGACGUCCGUGCCGGCCACGGCUGAGGUACAGAAAACCAUCGCCCGUCUGCAGCAGCAGCUAGCGGCAGCUGAGGAGAGACAGCGGCUAGCGGGUGCCAUCGGAGCUCAGAAAAUGGACGUCGGAGCCGAGGAAACAGAGGCCGGAGCUCAGGAGGCGGACGCGUUAGCUCAGGAUGCGGCUUCCGGAGCUCAGGAGACGACUGUUGGAGUUGAGGAGGCGACUAUGGGAGUUGAAGAGACGGACGCUGUAGCUCAGGAGACGGAUACUGGAGCUAAGGAGACGGAUACAGGAGCCGAUGCGACGGCUGUCGGAGCUCAGAUGACCGCUGGCGCUGAGGCGACGGAUACUGGAGCUGAGGAGACGGACGCUGUAGCUCAGGAGAUGGCCGUCGGAGCUGAUGAGACUGAUAUUGGAGCUGAGGAGACGAUUGCCGGAGCUCAGGAGACGGACGCUGCAGCUCAGGAGACGGCUGCCGGAGCCCAGGAGACGGACGCUGUAGCUCAGGAGACCGACGUCGCUCGGUUGCAGGAGACCAUCGUCAGCCUCCGACGGGAGCUGGCGGCUGCUCGGGCCGAAACGGAGCAGCUGAUGGUGACUACCGAUUUGCAAAGGGAGAAUGACGACGCCGUGGCAAUGGAGACGAUCGACAAUCUCCGCCGCGAGCUGGAGACGGCCAGGGAGCAGGCGGAGCAGCUGCUGACGGCAGCGACGGACGAGUCGCUGGAGGCGCUCAACGAUGUGCGCCGAGAGAUGGUCAUUGAACGCGACCGACAGAACGAGGAGCGGAACCUGAUGCGCCACGAGCUGCAGAUGGCCAGACAGGAGGUGGCGGAGGGCGCCGCUGAGGAGCUGCAGGAGGCGGAGCAGGAGCUGGAGACCGCGCGUCAGGAGAUCGAACGCCUGACGGAGGCCGCUGAGGAAGCUGAACGAGCGCGCGUUGCGCAGGCAGAGGCCUUUGCCGCGGAGAGGGCCGAACUCGAGAGAGGUUUUGGCGUGGUACAACGCAAAGUGGAGGAAAUGGAGAGGUCCGUCGCCGAACAGACUGAGCUUAUCCUUCACCUGCAAGCUAGGUGCGCCGCCCCGCCGGCCGCCGAUGGCCAGCCGGAGCCGACUGUAGAGGAACACGCGCCGCCAGAAGACUGGCCAGAAUCCAACUCCGACUCCGAGCCUUCCGAGAUCGACGACUCCGAGCCUUCCGAGGUCGACGACUCCGAGCCUCCCGAGGCCGCGCGAGAGAUGGAUGCUGAGGUGACGACGGCGACACAGCGCCAGGAGGAUGAGAUCGCAACUCUACGCCGGCGUAUAGAGAAGCUGCACGGGGAGCUGUCCGCGGCUAUCUCCGAGGAGAAGUUCCAGGCAGCGGUGGACGAGCGGCUGCGCGGCGUUGCUGAGGGAAAACUGCAUGAGGAGCUAGAGAUCGCCGAAAAACGCUGGCAGGCAGAGAAGGCCGGUCUUCAGGUGCAGCUAGAGACGGCCAGAAGUGAAAACCAGGCGCUCGCGGUUCGCCUGAAGGCGGAGGCGGAGCAGGCGACCGAGCUGGCGCAGGCGGAGGUGUCGCGCCUGCAGCGUCAGCUCGAGGCGUCCCGGGCGGAGCUGCGUGUGCAGGUGGAGCAGACGCAGCGGCAGGCUGAACUGGAGCGCGCCGGUCUGCACAGGAAGCUGGACAAGGCGUGCGCUGAGCUGGCCGCCCUGCAGGCGCAGCUGGUUACAGAGGCGGAGGCGGCCGCGCAGCGGUCCGCCGCCGAACAGGCGACCGCUGAGGAGGCGCGGCGCCGUGCACUGACCGAGGACCCGCGCCAGCCGGCGCCGGCGCUCGGCUCUCCCAGCCUGAUGCCGCCGCCGCCGCCGCCCGGGCCGGCGGACGCGGCCGACGCAUCCAUGAUGGACAUGUCGCUAGAUGUGACUGUCUCAGGACUGUCCCUGUCGGCGCUCCGUCCGCCAGCGCCGCCCGCCGGCGAGGCCGUCUCGCUGUUCGACGAGCUGCAGUCGCUGCGCCGACGCUCGGCCGCGCCCACGCCCGCCCCCGCCGCCGCCCCGGGAACACCUGGCUGUAACGCGUCCCAGCUGCUUAGUGAGAGUAUCGAAAUGGACGAGUCAUUGGCGGCGGGCUCGCCGGCUGGUGACCGCUCGGUCUCGGCCGGCCGCUCGGCUCUGGCCAACCAAUCGUCGCUGAGUGAGGUGUCCGUGCUGACCCCCGGCGUGACGCUGGACCGCAGCCUGUUGGCGGCCGACGUGGCGGCUGUGUACGAGGAGCUGCGGCGCCUGCAGCAGCAACUGACAGCCGGCGGUGACUCGCCCGAGCAGCGGGUUCGCCAGCUGCAGGCGGAGCUCGAGCAGCGGGACGAACAGCUGCGGCAGCUGCAGGCACAGCUGGAUCAGCUGCAGCGGCCAGCGGAGUCGGAGGAACGAGCCGAGAACGAGUCUGCUCUGUCGGUACCUGAUUUGUCACAGCUGAACGAUCACUCAACAGCCGGUAUGAGUCUGACUUUGGAAGAUGAUGGUGAGGAGGGUCCUGCGGAGCGGAGCGGAGAGGACGAGAAGCCUGCCGACGCAGAGUUGUCUCAGGAGGCUCCUGACACCGCGGACCGGGCCGAAGUGUCACCAGACUUGGCCUCGGAAGUGGCCAAGGCGCGCUCGCUGCUUGCCGAGCUGGCUGGCCUGCCGGCGGAUGGUGGCGCAUCUUUGCUGGAGCUUAUCCGAGCGCUGCCCCGUACUGACACCGCCGCCGAGUCAGACGCCGGCGUAGACCCGAACGUCACCUGCAGCGGGCCGGAGCCGGCGGAAAUGACGUGCGUGGUACAGGCGGCCGAUCUCGACCUGACGUGCGCGGACCGACCGCAGUCGGACCCAGAGCCGAGUCCCAUGGAGCUGACCUGCGUGAUGCAGGCCUCCCAGCUGGACCUGACGGCGGCGACCGGCUCUGACGAGAGCGCCGCGCCGCUCGAGAUCAGCGUUAUGGACAGCGGCGAGCAGCAGGCACCCGAGGAGGUGACGGUUCAGUUCGGCGACGCCACGCUGGCUGAUCUGUCCCUCGCGCCUCAGCCCGAGCGGCCGGAGCCGGGGACGGCUCUGCGGCAGUCGCGUCAGGAGACGGACGACGUCAGGAGGCAGCUGUUACAGCUGACGGAGGAGCACCAGAACGUGCAGACGCAGCUGGCAGGACUGACGGCGGAGAAGCGGGCGUUGGAGACGCAGCUGGAGACGGCUUCGGCGGAGAAGCAGACGCUGGAGUCUCAACUGGAGGUGGCUUCGACGCAACAGCAGACGCUCGAGACGCAGCUGGAGACGGCUUCGGCGCAGCAGCAGCAGGCCAGUGACCAGGUGGCGGAGUUCCGGGCUCGCGUGGAGGAGCUGACCACCGAGAGGGACCGGCUGGCGGCUGAGCGAGUGGCGCUCGAGCGCAGAGUCAUGGUCUCUGAGGAGGACGCCAGUGAGGCCGAGUCGCGUCUCGCCACCGUCGAGGACAGCACAAAGAAGAUCGAGGCGAACGUGUGGAGUCUGCUGUCCCAGCGUGACGAGCUGUCCGCUCAGCUCGAGCAGGUGACCGUGGAGAAGGACAGCCUGGCCGUGGAGCUGGAGGCGGUGACGGAAGAGCGGGAGGACGUCUCGUCCCAGCUGAGGGAGGUCACUGCCGAGAAGGAGGAAAUGUCGGUGCGUCUGGAGCGCGUCUCCUCGGAGCAACGAGCUGCGGCUGAGCGGCUGAGCGCCGUGACUGCCGAGCGGGACGCCGCCGCUGCGCAGGUCACAGAGCUGACGGAGGGACACCAGGAGCUGCAGCGCCGUAUCGAGGAGGCGCGCCAGCAGCAGGCUGAGAUGGAGAAGCAGCAGCAGCAGCUGGCGGACCAGGACCCGGCCGCUGGCGAGACAGCCGAUCAGCUGCUGCGGCGCCUGGUGGCCGCGCGCGCCAGUCUGGCCAGCGCGCGCGCUCAGCAGGCUAAUGAGCGAGACGUGGCCGCCGGCCUCCGUCAGCUCAACGAGCAGUGUCUGGCCGACAACGAGUCGCUGCGCGCGGCCACGGCGGCAGCCGAGCAGCGACUGGCUAAGCAGACGGCUCAGCUGACCGAGCUGCGCGCUCAGCUGGCCGGCCUGGAUGAGCUGCGCGAACAGCAGCAUCGCGACAGCCGCGAGUGCGAGCGGCUGCGGCGCACACUGCAGGAGGCUGAGGACACCGACCGCGAGCUGACUGCGCUCUCCGCGCGGCUGGUGCGGGCAGAGGAGGCCGCCGCCGCCGCCCGGCGCGCGCACGAGAUCGCCGAGCGGAGCGCCGCCGACGCGGCUGCCGCGCUGGCCGCCGCCACCGCCGGCCAGGAGCAGCACGAGGCGCUUCUCUCCGCGGCUGAGCAGCGCGCCGAGCGGGCCGCCGCCGAGCUGGCUGAGGCCCGCGCUGAGGCCGCGGAGGCGCAGCAGCGUGCUGACGAGCUGGCGCCGCGCCUCUCGCGCGCCGAGGCAGAGCGGGACGAAUGCCGCGCGCUGCUCUCUGAACUAGAGGAGCGCACCGCGCGCGAGACGGAACGGCUGGCGACGGCAGCGGCCGAGAGCAGCGGUGACUGCCGGCAGGCGAGCCGCGAAAUCAGUGACCUGCGCGAGAUGCUAGCCAGUCGCCAGGAGGAGCUGCAGUCGCAGGCCGCCUGUCUACAGAAGGUCCGAUCCAAGCGGCAGGAAGCCGAGAAACUGGCCGAGACGCUGACCGGCGAGCGUGACGCGCUGGCCGCCGAGAAGGCCCGGCUCGAGUCGGAGCUGGCUGCACUGACUGCCGAACGGGACGAGCUGACCGCCACCGGCGCCGCGCUGAGGGAGGAGCUGUCUACCGUGCGCCAGGCCGCCGACGACCUAAAGACUAAACUAUCUGAGACGAGAGGGCGUCUGGAGCGACUGCAGCACUCUGCGUCCGAGCGUCAGUCGCAGCUGCAGUUCGAGCUAGACGAGAGGGAGGUGGGCCUUCUGCACGUCCAGGAGGAGCACGAGCAGCUCCAGCAGCAGCACAAGCAGCUGCAGCAGCAGCACGAGAAGCUGCAGCAGCAACACGAGCAGCUCACCCGGCAGGACGGGCAGGCGCAACAGCGCCUUAUUCAGCUACAGGGAAGCCUGGACCACAUGACCGAGGUGCUCGCCUCCGUGAGAUCGGAGGCGGAGGCGCGGGUCGCCUCCCUGGCGGCUUCCCACGAGGCGCAGGUGGCGGCGCUCUCAACGGAACGGGACGAGCAGCUGGCAGCGGCUGCGGCUGAGCUAGAAAACCAGCGGACAUCCGCCGCGGCUGAGUUAGAAAACCAGCGAGCGGCAGCCGCAGUUGAGCUAGAAAACCAGCGGAAAUCUGCUGCGGCUGAACUAGAGAAACAGCGGACGGCGGCCGAGACCGAGCUAGAAAACCAGCGGACAGCAGCCGAAGCAGAACUAGAAAACCAGCGGACUGCGGCCGCUGCAGAACUAGAAAAACAGUGCGCCGCAGCCGCGGCCGAGCUGGAGACUCUGCGGAAACAGCUCUCUGAGGAGUACCAGAAGGAACACGACAGGCUGUCGGCUCUGAUCAGCCACGCCGAGGACGCCCUGCAGCAGGCGCGCGCUCAGCUCUCGGAGCGCGACCAGCAGCUGCGAAAUGAACAGGCGGCCGCUGUCGAGCUGCGCCGCCGGCUGGAGACCGAGACGGCGGAGGCGGCCGCGCGGCUGGCCGCCCAGAAGACGAAGUUCGAGGAACAACAGCAACAGGAGUACGACCGGCUCACCGGCAUGAUAGCCGAGUGUGAGGACGAACUCGAAGAGGAGCGUAACCAGCGGGAGGAGCAGGUAGCCGAUCGGGACGCCCAGCUGGCCGAACGGGACGCGCAGCUGAAGGAGCUGCGCCGGCAGCUGGAGAGCCGCAGCAUCGACUCGGCAGCGGCGCUACAGGCGGAGCGGGCCGAGACGGCCGCCCAGCUCGACCGCUACCGGCGGCAGACGGACGAGUUCUCCAAACUGGUGGACGAGGGCAAGGCUAGGCUGGCAGAGGCGCGCUCGCAGCUCUCGGAGCGCGACCAUCAGCUGCUAAAUGAACAGGCGGCCGCUGUCGAGCUCCGCCGCCGGCUGGAGACCGAGACGGCGGAGGCGGCCGCGCGGCUGACCGCCCAGAAGGCGAAGUUCGAGGAACAGCAGCAGCAGGAGUACGACCGGCUCACCGGCAUGAUCGCCGAAUGUGAGGACGAACUCGAAGAGGAGCGUAACCAGCGGGAGGAGCAGAUAGCCGAGCGGGACGCCCAGCUGGCCGAACGGGACGCCCAGCUGGCCGAACGGGACGCCCAGCUGAAGGAGCUGCGCCGUCAGCUGGAGAGCCGCAGCACCGACUCGGCGGCGGCGCUACAGGCGGAGCGGGCCGAGACGGCCGCCCAGCUCGACCGCUACCGGCGGCAGACGGACGAGCUCUCCAAACUGGUGGACGAGGGCAAGGCCAGGCUGGCAGAGGUCACUGAGCAGCUGUCCGAGCGGGACAGCCAGCUCUCGGGACUGCGCGCCGAGGUGGCUCAGCUGCAGGGCGAGAUCCGCCAGCUGGUGGUGGAAAAGAUGGAGAAGGAGCAGCAGCCGGCGGCGCCGGAGGCGGGCGGCCAGCCCAAGGAGUCGGUGUCGCAGCUGAAACAGCAGCUGGUGGCCGCCGUGGGCGCCAGGAGGGAUGCCGAGCGACGCCUGGAGCUGCACGAUCUGCCCAGCAAGCGCCAGCUCCAGUCGGUACAGCUGGAGCUGCAGCGCGCCCGCGCCGAGGUGGAGGCGCUGAAGAAGGAGCAGCAGCAGCUGAUCGCCAACAAGCUGGACGAGACGGCGGCCGUUGGUCGCGCCGACCGCCUGGGCCUGGCCGGCCCGUCGGCCGCCGAGGGGCCGCCCAGAGGCGAGGCGGGUAUCGUCAAGACGUUCAUGCUGGCCGAGAUGGAGGGCUACGCGGGCCGGCUGGAGCGACAGGUGAAGCGGCUCACCAAGGAGCGCGACAAGUACUGUAACGCGGCGCACGCCUACCGCGCCCGGCUGCAGCUGGUCAAACAGGGCAAACCGGACCCGGGCGCGGCGCUAUCACAGCAGGACAAAGCUGCCGCUGGACCUCCUCCCGAGGCCGUAACAGCUGAGACGUCCACCUCGGGCGCCCCUGCCGAGCGGGCGUCCAGCGCGGGCGCCCCCACCGACCGAACGUCGGACGGCAGCCCGGAGCGAGCGUCCCGGGCUGGGAGACGACGCGGCUCGCCUGACGACCAGACGCCCGAGGCCGGUCGGCCGGCCGGCUCGGGCCGUCGCGCAGCGCACGGGCUCGCCGAAAUGUCGACGAACACGCCCAGCGUUGCGCCGCCGUCGGCCAAGCGAGCCGCCGCCUCCCCGGGCCGCGUGUUGACCAGAAGACAGCGGCGGGAGCUCUAACUGGGAGCUUUAACAGUGAACUCUAACGCCGCGGGCUCUAACGGUGAGCCCUGACUGGGAACUCUUAUCUGUGAACUCUGAUUACGGUGCGGGCUCUAACGUUGAGCUCUAACGGUGAGCUCUAACUUUGUGAACGCUAACGGCUCGGACCACCGAUAACCGGUGGGACAUCAGCCGUGGUCGUUCGCAUAACCCACGGCUACCUGAUAAAUGAACACCGCCCGUGGAGUUACGAGCAAUGCGGUAUCCUUUACCGCGCUUAUGUAGUGGUUGUAGAUUCCCAGUCCACGCUGUCCGUGUCUUCCGCUGCCGUCUUACUUUUGUCUUACUGUCGCCUUUGCGUGCGUGAAGAUGCGAGUCUGUUGGUUGAAUGUUGGUGUGGAUUUUGUAAAUUGGCAUUAGAGUGGACCCCGGUGUUUGCGGAGCUAUGUGAGGUACUGCAACGCGGUAAGCAUAUGGCAUAUGAGUAAUGCCACACUUGUGUACAGUAGUCCGGAGAUUCGUAAUGCUCACAUAGCGUGUAGUAUGUGGCCUUUCAGCUCUGCUGCGGAGAAGCUGAGUGUACAACUGUUGCCACAGUGUAGUGUAGAUGUAAAGAAUAGAUCCGAUCGGCUUUGAACUGAUCUCAUUUUCAUACAUGUCCAGAAAAUGCACACAGAAUAGCCUAGAUCCGUGCAGCGGAGCGUUUUGACCGUCCAGGUCGGUAAUACAUUGUUACUGGCGUAUG